AGCAGCCCACAUUUCAUCAGCCGCCGAGGAGGAAAAGCAGCACGGCAGCCUAGGGUGCUCGAAAGCAACGGUUAAAAGGCUAUUUCUUCUGACUUUAAAGUGACGUGUGAUUGGCUGGGUAGAGGUUUGUUGGUAAACAGGAGGCUGGCUGCUGAGCUAGCAACAGCUUUUGUGUUUUAUUCAAAUUGAAAGAGCCGAAGAGGCCGAGAUGGAGUUUUAAGGCAAUAAUGCGGUAACUGCACGGCAUCGGCAUGCACCAGGCACAGAAAAGCGAUUUGCGGGACUGCACCAUCACAACUGCCAAGCAGUUGGGCUCUAAUACCGUCCGCGGUAUAGCCGUGAGCCAACCGAUACCUCUCCUACUCGACAGGAGGAAGCUAACGCUAGCUAGUUAGCCUGUGGGCCCAUUCAUUUAGCUGUUACAUCAAAGCGUAAGUUACACUACAACCCUUCCUAUCCUCAUACCACACUGUAAAGAUGAAACCUCAAGACAUCGUCGCUGGAAAAUCCAGUCUGUGGAUUUUCGGUUACGGCUCGUUGGUUUGGAAACCAGACUUCAAGUACAAGAGGAGCAAGGUCGGUUACAUUAAGGGGUACAAGAGACGCUUCUGGCACGGGGAUAAUUUUCAUCGUGGAGAUGAUGAAAUGCCCGGAAGAGUGGUGACGCUCAUCGAGGAGGAUGACGCGUGCACCUGGGGUGUUGCCUUUGAGGUCACUGGCUCUCAGGUCGAAGAGUCUCUCAAGUACCUGAACGUGAGGGAGGCGGUGAGAGGCGGCUACCUGACCCAGGCCGUAGAUUUCUUCCCGCAGGGCGUGAAUCAGUCACCUGUCCAGGCUCUGGUUUACAUCGCCACGGCUGACAACCCUAUUUACCUGGGGCCUGCAAGCACGGAGGAAAUCGCCGCUCAGAUCGCUGUGUGCAAGGGGAAGUCGGGCCACAACAUCGAGUACCUGCUUCGCCUGGCGGAGUUCAUGAGAGUCAGCUGCCCUGAUGUGGACGACCCUCAUCUGUUCUCUAUCGAGGCAGCUGUUCUUGCAGUCAUUAGACCCAUAUUGUUAGCAUCCUAGAAACCUGUAUCUUCUGUAAAACAUUAAAUAUCACUGAGGCUAUCAGCAUCUAGUCCAAACACCAUUAAGGUCCUAACAUAAAGUUAAUGUAGCCGUCCUUGAGGUGUGAAUGUGAUUUAGUGUCUGUUCUCGAAUAUCUUAUUUUCUCUAUACUAAGCGGUUUAAAAGUUACUCCACUACCGUAAAGGUACUGUAUUAAGGGAAUGUGGUGUUUUAGGCUGCUGUCGUUUUGAUUCUGUCAGUUUUUGUCAUGUGACUCAUGUGGUGCUGUAGUACAAAUGCAUGCUUGUGUGACAAUGUAUUGCCAAAGUUUGUCACGUUCUAAAGCUGUUUGCAUUUUUGUUUUAAAUAUGUGAGCAUGAAACCUCAAUACACUUCCAUUUUAAUUUGCACUGAAGCAAAAUACUGUUAAGCCAUUAUAAUUGUUGUCCUUUUGCACAUUAAAGCAUUCAAAGAACCUG